GAGCACGCGUGCCGCAGGCCGGGGGACACGGCUGUCACCACGGAGUCCGCCAGCGCCAACACCGCGGCGGCCACCGCCGCCUCGCGGGCCGCGGGUGCCGGGGACCAGGCAACCUCGCUGCCCCCGCCCAGGAUGCAGCGCAGGAAGAGGAACGCGGGCAGCAGCUCGGAUGGAACAGAGGACUCGGAUUUCUCCACGGAUCCCGAGCACACGGACAGCUCCGAGAGCGACGGCACCUCCCGGAGAUCCGCCCGCGUCACCCGCUCCUCCGCCAGGCUCAGCCAGAGCUCCCAGGACUCCAGCCCGGUGCGGAACCCUCCGGCGCUGGGUGCGGACGAGCCGGUGUACUCCACGCGGAGGGUGACCCGCAGCCAGCAGCAGCCGGCUCCCGUCACCCCCAAGAAGUACCCGCUGCGCCAGACGCGCUCCUCCGGCUCCGAGACGGAGCAGGCCGUGGAUUUCUCGGACAGAGGUAGGCGGAGGGGCCGGGCAGCGCCGGCCGUGAGGCUGCCGGGGGCUCUGCGCCGUCCCCGGGGUGUCCCGGGAGCUCCCCCGCACCCCAACGUGUCCCACGACGAGAGCCUGGUGCGAGCGCAGAGCCGGGACAAGCAGAUCGAGGAGCGGAUGUUGGCCCACAGGCAGGAUGACAACAACAGGCACGCCACCAGGCACCAGGCCCCCACGGAGAGGCAGCUGCGCUACAAGGAGAAGGUGGCCGAGCUGAGGAAGAAGAGGAACUCGGGGCUGAGCAAGGAGCAGAAGGAGAAAUACAUGGAGCACAGGCAAACCUAUGGCAACACCAGGGAGCCUCUCCUGGAGAACCUGACCAGCGAGUACGACCUGGAGCUGUUCCGGAGGGCUCAGGCACGCGCCUCCGAGGACCUGGAGAAGCUGAGGCUGCAGGGGCAGAUCACCGAGGGCAGCAACAUGAUCAAGACCAUCGCGUUCGGGCGCUACGAGCUGGACACGUGGUACCACUCGCCCUACCCCGAGGAGUACGCGCGCCUCGGCCGCCUCUACAUGUGCGAGUUCUGCCUCAAGUACAUGAAGAGCCAGACCAUUAUUUUUUAUUUUUUUCUCCUUUCCCCGGUGGUUUUGCUCACAUUUGGGCUCUGCCACUGGAAUAAACACCUCUUUUUUUCGUGUGUGCGUGCCCAGAUCUACUGUCAGAACCUGUGUCUGCUGGCAAAGCUUUUCCUGGACCACAAAACCCUUUAUUACGACGUGGAGCCCUUUCUGUUCUACGUCAUGACAGAGGCCGACAACACGGGCUGCCACCUGAUCGGCUAUUUCUCCAAGGAGAAGAAUUCCUUCCUCAACUACAACGUGUCCUGCAUCCUGACCAUGCCCCAGUACAUGAGGCAGGGCUAUGGCAAAAUGCUGAUUGACUUCAGCUAUUUGCUGUCGAAGGUGGAGGAGAAGGUGGGGUCCCCCGAGCGUCCCCUGUCCGACCUGGGCCUGAUCAGCUACAGGAGCUACUGGAAGGAGGUUCUGCUGCGCUACCUGCACAACUUCCAGGGCAAGGAGAUCUCCAUCAAAGAGAUCAGCCAGGAGACCGCUGUGAACCCCGUGGACAUCGUCAGCACCCUGCAGGCCCUGCAGAUGCUCAAGUACUGGAAGGGCAAACACCUGGUCCUCAAGAGCCAGGACCUGAUCGACGAGUGGAUCGCCAAGGAGGCCAAGAGAUCCAACAGCAACAAGACCAUGGAUCCCAGCUGCCUCAAGUGGACCCCUCCCAAGGGCACCUAAAUGUCCCCGGGGCCGCGCUGGGUGCCGCGGUGUCCCCAGGGUGCCGCGGUGUCCCCACAGUUCUGAGGAACUCGGAUGUUUCGGCCUCAGUGAGGCCGUGUGAGGACUGGAAGUGUCUGGGAGCCCCAGGGAGCCGAGGAGCUCCGAUUGCUGGGCCUGUCCCUGCUGUCCCUGCUGUCCUGCUCCAUCCUCCUGUCCCUCCUGCGGCCUCCCGGGCUCAGCUCGGCCGCCAACGCUUCCCUGGAGCUGCUCCCGUCCUGUUCCACAUCCCAGAUAGCUUUAGUGGGAUUGUCUCCCCUUCUUGCAGCAGUUUUCCCUCGGAUCCAGCAGAUCUUCGCUUAGUUCCUGUUGUACAGCCAGAAUUGCACCCCAGGCAGGGUGGGGUGUUCCCGUCACCCCCUCCUCAGCCACCACAGCCCUGCUGGAAGCACCUCUGGAUUAGAAUUCCUGGUUUUUCCUGGUGUGUAUCUCGUGGAAUUGCUGAGUUCCUGUACAUAAACAACCUGCUGAGUGUGUUUCCCUGGA